AGGAGGCCCCGCUUGGCUCCGCAGCCCCGGAUGCUGUAUGACUUCAUCUUUCCGCCGGCUCCCCUGCUGAGCUAGGGCCGGUCCGGCAGCUAGCCCGCCGCCCGCGCCCCGCCGCAGUCCCGCGCCCACCCCGCACCCGCCAUGUCCGAGAUCCUGCCCUACAGUGAGGACAAGAUGGGCCGCUUCGGCGCCGACCCCGAGGGCUCUGACCUCUCCUUCAGCUGCCGCCUGCAGGACACCAACUCCUUCUUCGCGGGCAACCAAGCCAAGCGACCCCCCAAGCUGGGCCAGAUCGGCCGAGCCAAGAGAGUGGUGAUCGAGGAUGACCGGAUAGACGACGUGCUGAAAGGGAUGGGGGAGAAGCCGCCGUCCGGAGUGUAGACGCGCCGGCUCAGGCGGCGGGCUCCGGGCCCAGCCCCGCGGCGGCCAGGACCGCGGGCCGGCGAUGCGGCUGCCGGCCCCCCCCGCCCCGGCCCAGGCGCUCGCGGGCGGGGGCUGCAGGGCCGCGCCGCUUUCGGGUCAUAGUCGCUGCCGCCGCCGCCAGGCACUCCGGAGCUGUCCGCUUCAGCACCACGGCGGCGGCGGUAGCGGCGGCGCGGACCGGCCCGGAGCCCGCCGCCGCGCUCAUGCACUUUAGAACCUCGGGCCGCAGCCCCACCCCGCACACCGGAACGGACAGAGACCCGCGGCCCUCAGCCCCGGCCCGUCCCCUCCCGCACGGCUCCCCUGCCCCGCCCCUCUCAGGCAGGUCUGGUCCGCAGACCGGCUGCCUGCCGGUGUCGGACCUCGCACGCGGCCAGGGAUGUUUGGCUGCACAUUUGCAUGAGCUUCCCACCCACCUGAGUCCAGCCCUCCAGGCGCUCCUCACCCUCCACCCCUGUCUGGCGUGACCCCAGCCUCAGCCUCUUUCUAAGGGACUUCCUCAGCACAUUUGUAUUUUUAUAUCCGACUCUUUGUUUACUGAUUCCCCUCGUGGUUCAUGCCCUCCCCCCCCCCCCACGGUCUCGGCCACGCUCUUCUGCUCCUGGCAGAUAGGAUGGGUGUUGAGGCUGGGAUGGGACAAGCCCCUAACAUGGUAACCAACCAUAUGACCAGUCUGCCCAUGGCUGACCCCAGGCGGCUCUCUGGCAGACCCCUCCCCUCAAGGUAUCACCUUCCAAGGGCCCAGGUCUGAUUUUACCUUGGACCCCUGCGUCCUGCCCCUGGGAAUCCAAAUGCGGGCUGCAUUGCAUCUUUGGAUGACACCUGUAGCCCUAGCCCUGGAGAUAUUCUCAACCCCAGGGAUGUCCUUUGUAAAUGUUCCUCCAUCCUCACUGUACCAGGAGUGUGUGAAUAAACACAGACCCCCCUGUG